CAGCAAUAUUAAUAAAUGUUCAAGGGAUUUGAAAGAGUCUACAUUAACAGCUUUGAGGAGGAAACUAGUCCUAAGAGGUCUAUCACAAUGAUUUGGAAAUUGGUUAAUUUUAGUGCUCUCCUUAUUGGAGCACUCACAUCCCCAACUCCAUCUCCGUCCCCCAACACUAACACUGACGAGGGACCCUGUCGCAUCUACAGCUCAGGCCGCUCAGCAGACUGUCUGGGAAGACAGCUCAACAGCGUCCCAUGGAGACAAUUUCCAUCCACACUGGAAGACAUAGAUCUCUCCUACAAUAAGCUUCAAGCUGUCCAUGCGAGCGACUUCCUCCGUCUCCCUCAGCUUCGCAUCCUUAAGUUGCAGUACAAUAACAUUUCACAUAUUGACAAGGAUGCCUUUAAAAACAACCUACUACUGGAGUAUCUUGACAUCUUUAAUAACUCACUGCAGGAAAUUCCUGCCACAGCUCUCACUCCUCUCUUGAAUCUAAAAGAACUCUACAUGUCCAACAACAUUUACAAACAUGCCACUUUAGCUGACAGUUUCUCCAAAUUUGUCAAACUCCAAGUUCUGUCUAUGGGUGGCCCUUUGGUGAUGGGACUAAAGAAAGCGGAUUUUCAGUCACUGAAAAACAUGAAGUUACUAGGUUUUGCCAUCAAAUGUUCCUCCAAUCUAAGUUACUACGAGCCUGGAAGUUUAGAAGUCAUCCAGACAAUGCAGAUGAGCUUUGAUAUGGCCAUAGAUCAACAGCCAAAAGCUCUCCCUCUUAUGUUACGUGACCUUGCCAACAAGACCUUCAGUGUAAUCCAGUUCCGCAACCUCUUUGAGUUCAUGUACUACAUGGGAGAGGAGGACAUUUUUCGGGAUUUGAAAUACAUCACAGCCCAUCAGCUCAUCUUUCACAGAGGUAAAUUCAAUGAGAACCUCAUGAGGAUGGCUUUAAUUAACUUACAGGUCACUCCUAUCAAAAGGUUGAGACUACAGUACAUAGACUUUGCCCGAUCACCCACAUUUGUUGAUAGCGGAGCAGGUUCAAGCAUCACAGAUCUGGUACUGGAUAAAUUGGAUCUUUGGUAUAUCAGCAAUCCUGAUAUCCUGCGAUUUGACUGGAGCUUCACUUGGUUCAACAAAAUUAAGGAACUGUCUAUUCAGUAUGUGUACUUUAACUCUGUGCCCUGUGAUGCCUGGACUGAGAUGCAACGUGUGGAGUUUCUGGAUGUCUCCAAUAAUCGACUCAAAAAUGAGUUCAUCUUCAACCAGCUGUGUCAUUACAAGGGCAUCAUGCCAAAUCUUCACACCUUCAGCAUAAACAACAACGACUUGACCAGCUUAAAAGAUAUGUCAACACUAACAAGGGAGUUCCAGCAGCUGCAGGUGUUGGAUUUCAGCAACAACAAACUGGGAUCUGUUGAAAACAGCCAGGAAUGCAUUUGGCAGAAAAAUAUCACUCGGCUUAUUGCUCACCACAAUCAAUUUGUGAGUGAAGCCCUCCUUUGUCUGCCCACUACAGUGCACUACUUGGACCUAUCCUACUGCAACCUGGACCAGCUGAACAUGGCGUACUUCGAGAAAGCCACCAACCUGAAAGAGCUCCUGCUAAGUGGGAAUAAAAUCAAGUUCAUCCCAUCCAAGUGGGAAAGUCCGUCACUGCAGUCACUAGCUUUGGAUGGGAAUUCGUUUGGUCUCAUUAGCAAGGCAUCCUUCCAGGACAUGCCUCAACUGUCUCACCUGAGGGCAGGGAACAAUCCUUACCAUUGCACUUGUGAGCUCCAUGCUUUUGUCCAGGACACAUUGUCAAAAGGAAAGGUUAAUCUCACAGAUUGGCCUUUAAAUUACAGGUGUUACCACCCAGAGCCCUUGCUCAACACAGUCAUAUCUAAAUACUUUCCAGGUCAAGUAGCGUGUGAUAUCAGACUAGUUAUCAUCAUCAGUGUUGCGACCACUGCAGCGGUAAUCUUGAUACUGAUGCUGAUUUGCUAUAUUUUUGACCUCCCAUGGUACACUAAAGCCACUUAUCAGAUCAUCAGGGCCAGAUACAGAGCUCACAAGGAAAAUGCAGCGGGGGAAUUAGGGACUUUUACUUAUCAUGCCUUCAUAUCCUACAGCCACUCUGAUGCAGACUGGGUGAGGGACCAGCUCUUGCCCUUCUUGGAGAACAGGAACCCCUAUCGUCUGUGUAUCCAUGAGAGGGACUUCAUGCCAGGAAGGUGGAUCAUCGACAACAUUAUUGACAACAUUGACAGCAGUCGUAAGGUAAUAUUCGUCCUCUCCCGGCACUUCAUUAACAGUGAUUGGUGCAACUAUGAGCUGUAUUUCGCUCAGCAGAGAUCAAUGGGAAAAACCUUCAGUGACGUCAUACUAGUGGUGAAGGAGCCCAUUGAUCCCAGCUCCUUGCCCAGCAAGUACUGCAGGCUUAAGAAGAUGCUGAGUAACAAGACGUACCUGGAGUGGCCCCAGCAGGUCAACCAGCAGGUCUUUUUCUGGGCGCAGCUAAAGAGUGCUCUGGGCAAGCCAACAAUGACCAGAGAGGGGCGCCACAGUGUUAAGAGCAGAAACUCAUCUAUGGAAUGUGUUUCUGUUAUUGGGCCCGAGAUAGAAGACAGGAGGCCAGAAGUAGAAAACCCAAAUGCAGACAAAGCUGGACCCCAAAACAACAUAAUUAAAGAGGAAUGUGCCCUGCUGACAGCCACUGAAAGCCAACAACUCAGUGGCUCAAAUGAGAUCUCCCAUGUUGCACUCUGGAUAACAAGCGAGCGUCACUGUCAAGACAUCAAUUGUAGGACUGAAAUGUGUUCCCAACUGCAAACCGCUAUGGAGAACCUCAUCACAGUGUUCCACUCAUAUUCUGGAAAAGAAGGCGACAAGUACAAGCUGAGCAAAGCCGAGCUGAAGAGCCUGUUACAGGGAGAACUCGCAGACUUCAUGGCAGCCAGCAAGGACCCCAUGGUGGUUGAGAAGAUUAUGAAGGACCUGGAUGAAAACCAGGACGGUCAAGUAGAUUUCCAGGAGUUUGUCGUUCUGGUUGCUGCACUGACUGUUGCCUGCAAUGAGUUCUUCGAAGACUUUGAUAAGAGCAGCGAGGAGGACCAAGGUUCUAAGGAAGCUUAAUAUUUCACAUCUAAUCAACUUUCUUUAUACCAUUUGUACUAACAAUAUAGUCAUGCUAUGGAUGUAAAUGUCUGAAUCACUCAACUGCAGCACUUUGUACAAAAGAUGCAUCACUUAAGUGUCUUUGUCCUAAAAGCUUAAUAAAGACAUUAUCCUGUUU